UUUAUUUCAAAAGUGGUGUUUUUCAAAGUUUCUUCUUAUUUUAUGUAAUUAGUUAUAAUUAAAUAUCAAUCUAAUCAAGUUAAAUGUCUUUUUCAACUUUUUUAAAUUAAAUUUCAUUUAAAUAUUAAUAUAAUUUACAAGAUUUGUCUUCAAAAGCAGUUUAAUACUGAUUCAAAUAAAAUGUAUUCAUGAUAAUUAAUCACUCCCUCAUAAAAUAAUAGAAUAUUAGAUAUUAAUAACUAAACGCUUAUUUCAAAAUGAGUGUAGAGCAACGUUUAGAAACUCCAACAACAAUGAUUUCAAAUAAAACACCAACAACUGUAAAAAUUAGACAGCAUUUUAGCUUCAAACCUCUACCUGUUAUUGAAGAUGCUAGUGAUAAUGAUGAGCCCCCAAAAGAUCCUCUUCAAGAACUUUUAAAACAAACAUGGGAUAUACAUGGAGUCUCACCACUAUUUCAAUUCAAUUAUCAAAGUGAACGACAUCUCAAACUCUAUGGAAAAAAAUUAAGAGAAGAGAUAGCAUCGUUAUUACCUAAAGAUGACAUGAAAUAUUCUGUAAAGUUUGAAGUUGAUGCAAACAUAGAUCCAAGACCAAAUGCGACAGAUCCACCAGCGAUAAAAAUCCAAGUGUUCGCAGAGAAUAUCGAAAAAGAAACACAAAAAUGUUUAUAUACUGGUAUUUUAGUAUCUUGGGGAUCAUCACUAGUGGAACUAGAUAAUGAAAAUACUGUAAAAUUACCACUAUUGUUAUGUCGAGGAAAUAAAACUGCGAUUAGAGCAGUUCAUAUGACAUUAGCAAGAAUGUUUGAUUGUGUAAUAAUUCAACUACUAGCCACAGAAGAGGAUUUAAGGUGGCUUGCUCCAAUUAUAUUAAAUUUUAAUGAUAACGAAAAAGAUACGAAAGGACUUAUGAAAUUUGAAUAUAAAAUACCCGGCCUAGCUUCAUCUGAUGAUAUUAGUUUUUCUUGGGAAAUUUCUGUACUUAUUAAAUUAUGGACGGCAAUAUGUGAGAAUGAUAUGAAUGAUAGUUUUAAUGGAAAUGACUUCACCUUACCGCACGUUGAUCGUUUUUAUCAAAUUUUGCACAAGCAGAUUUUACAGGACGCAGGUCUACAAAUAGGAUUUAGUAAAUUAUGUAAAAUUAGUCUUCCUUAUAUAACGAUUGCCGAAAAUAGGAUGAAGGCUUCAACAUCACAAGUUCUAAAUAAAGUACUCUUAUUUUUUAACGAAAAAGCAACUGAACUAUUACAUUUAUUGAAUUGUGAUGUAUCUAGAAAUAGUAAUAUUUCCAAUUAAUAUUUUAAAAAAAAUUUAGUAAUAUAAAAUAAUAAAUUAUUAAAAUUUCUAAUAUAUAUAUAUACAUACAAA